CAGCAGCUGACCAAGUCGCUGUGAUAUCAGUUAAACAGCUGCAGCCAAUGACGAUGUCUCUGAAUGGCUCCCUUCCGAUCCUCAAGUCUUUCAAGAAUGAUCAGGCGACAGUUGUGGAUGGUGACGCCAUCAUGGACAACGUCUCCAUCGUCCUCUACACUCUGACCGUCGUGCUCGGCAUCACAGGGAACUCCAUGGUGAUCUGGGUCGCUGGAUUCAAGCUUAAGCCAAAGGUAACCAACGUGUGGCUGGUGAAUCUGGCGAUAGCGGACUUAAUAUUCUGUUUCACGCGAGUCUUCUCCCUCACUAAGAAGCUCUUCUUCGACCACUGGCCCUUUGGCAUCUUCCUCUGCAAGUUCAACGGCUUCUUCAAGUACGCCAACAUGUUCUGUUCUGUCUUCCUGUUGGCUGUGAUCAGUCUGGACCGAGCGCUCUGCGUCUGGCGGCCUGUCGCCACCAAACAACGGCGUACGCUGUGGGCCGCAAGGGUGGUGGCCGUCUGCGUCUGGAGCACUGCGUUCGUCUUCAGCACUCCGUACUUGGUCUACCGUCAAGUCUACCUGGGGAAAAACAACCUGAGCAAGUGCUCUCUGGAGGUGAAGGAGGGGAACAGCAGUGCUAAACCGGCUCUCUACUCCAUUCGCUUCCUCUGUGGCUUUAUGUUGCCUUUCAUGGUCAUCCUCAUCUGUUACAUCCUGGCCGGAAUUGGAAUCAGGCGCACCCGCCUAACGGGGAAGUCCCGCCCCCUGCGCAUAUUAGCAUCAUUAGUCGUCGCCUUCUUCCUGUGCUGGGCGCCGUACCACUGCCUUCUGCUGGUGAAGAUGGUGGACAGUAAGAACCCUGUGGUGAAGAUCUGGCACCCUGUGGCGAAGGGUGUCGCCUACUUUAAUAGCUGUGUAAACCCGCUGUUGUAUUUCUGCAUGGGGCUGGACGUGAGGGGGCGGUUCAGGCAGAGUUUGGCAGGGGUGUACAGGAGAGCUCUGGCAGACGACGUGGACGGACAGACGACCCAGUCCAACGACCGAUCUCUGGAUGACAGCAACGGGUCGAAACACAGUACUGUUGUGUUGGCAGGAAGGGGUCAGACAACAGUGGAUGUAGCUAAAGUUUGAGUCUCUCCCAGAGUGAACACAAGUUUGAGCAUUAAAGGGCCAUACUGGUGUUUUAUAUGUUAUUAAAGUCACAGAGAAAUGGCAGUUAAAGCGUCUUUAGAUUUCUGUGAUUUGGAUGACCUCAACUAAAUCAUAUUUGGUUGGAUACAGUUAUGAUUAUGUCCCAAUAAAUCAAGAUGAGUCAAUGGAAAUAUUUAAAUAUUACACAUUCAGAGAAAAUGUAUUUUGAUAUAAAAAAUACAUAUCAAGACAUAACAAAUAAUUACUACAAGUACACAAAAGUAGUUUUAUAUUUAAUUUCACUUUUUUUAACAACAUUUUCACUUCACACCCACAUCCCUGGUGAUUGUAAGGUUGUGUACACUGUUGUGAUAUUGAACAUACUCUUUUCAUAACAGAGUAUUCUUUUUGAAAAUAACCACAAAAAAAUCUAUUGAUACAUACGGUACUGUAUAUUUCUAAAAGUAUUCAUAGAACUUGUACUUGUACUUACUGUGAAAGUUCUAUAAAGUGUCACGGGUGAUAUAGUAGAAGGUAAAAGUUGUUAAUGUUAAAAGGAAGUAAAAGGUUGUACUGCUUUCCUUCCCUCCAAAGAUGUAUUUAUUUCAGUUUAUGUCAGUAAGGUAUAAAAGCUGUAGAGGUCUGAACCUUGCUUGAGAUGCAUAAUCCAUCACAAUCGCAUCACAAAUAUCUACACAGGUUUUCCUUUUUGUGUCAGAAUUAUGGUAUGAUCGUAUGGUAAUGCAGUUGUGAGCAAGGGCUGUUUGUUUGUGUUUGCUUAAUGAUUGCCCUCAGGAUUAGAUUUUUUGCCAUAUAAUUUAGCUCAUCAAAAUAAGUGACAGAAGAAAUAUUAUUUAAUUAUUGAGACUAUCCUUCUUUCUAUUGUAGUUAAGACCACUAUACGUAUUAUUUAUUAUUUCCUUCUCAAACUGCAAACUUUCAAAUUAUUGUGGCUACAUUUAGAAGAAUUUCACUUAUCCAAAAGAUGGGCAAAGUGCUAAGAGGUUUUUGGAAAUACGUUCAAAGUGCUGACUGCACGGUGAAGAGACUUAUAGAUGUUAAUAAUAGUUAAUAUACUAAGGUCAGAGUCACAGUUUCCUGUGAAGUUGUGUUUUGUUUCAUGUUAUUUAGGUCACAGAUAAAGAAAAGAGGAACUGUGGUGAGUCUGGAGGAAUAGGAAACAAGGCAGAGGGAAGUGAGAUUAUUAAAAGGAAAUCCAGUAAUAACUUGAUGCUGUCUUGUGUUCAGGGGUCACGCUGAAGGGUUAUCAUGUUGAAUUUCUGAAGCUCACUGUGUUACACUUUGAUAUAAAUUUCACUGCAAUGAGAGAUACUAAUCUCACAAUAAUACUUUCCCAGAAGGUUGUGAGUUCAAUACCAGGCCUGCCACCAUUGUGCUCCUGAGCAAGCUGGAGAAUGUGGAGAAUGUCCCUGUAGUUAGUUUACUGUAAGUCGCUCUGGAUAAGAGCGUCUGCUGAAUGCCCUGUAAUGUAAUUUACGAUGAUGUAAAACUGAGAAAAGAAGCAAAUCCUCACAUUCGUGGUGUUUGGACUUGUGAAUAUUUUACAUUUUUGCAGCUUUAUGAGAAAUAUAAACACACGUGUGUGUGAUACGUUUGUCACUAAUGAAAGAAGUCUUCAAAUCAAAUCAAUGAAAAUGCAAAUAUUUUUUCUUUCGAAAGUUUGAGUGCUGGACACAAGAUUUCUCGUAAUUCACUGUAAUACACUCAGUGUAUGUGCACUGGAUUCAACUUUUCACAACCCACUUCUGUUAGUUGCAUAUGGACAGACUUGUCAUACUCGUACUUAUACAUAUUUUAAACUCAAAUUUAACUCAGAGAAACUUUUCCUUUUCAACAGAAAACAACCCUUGUGUUAAACUGCACAAACUUCAUUCAGCACAGUGAAGCUCAAACAUCCAAAGUGAGUUCACAAAAGACAAAACAUAUUUUUGACUGGAGGGAGACUUUAAAAAAUGACUUAAACAUUAAAUUAGUUAAAAAAAAGUAUUAUGUAAUCAUUUAAAUGUAUUAGCACUUACAAACUUUACAGUAUAACUACUCAACUAUGAGUCUCAAGAUGCAUUUAAUUUAGAAACAUCCAACUGUGCUGCAGUGUUUUGUGCCUGAUUGCGAUGACAAGAUCUGAUCCUCUGUGGUAUUGGAGGACUCAGUUUCCACAUCUCAGGAUUUUCCUCGUGAUAGAAAACUUGUUGCUUAUGAUGUAAUGUACUGGAAUUUCUAAA